AUGCGCAACAACCGCGAGAUGCGUGACGCGCUCAAGGUAACACAGUACUCCGAUACUUCCUCUGAUGGCGAGGAAGAUGGGCAAAGCGCUGCUUCCAAUCAAUCUGGCACCAACUCUUUCGAGGCUGCUGGAGGAGAGAUCCGCGCCACGCCAACGGUUACAAGCUCUCCGAAUCUGUCGCUGCAGACUGCACCAGAGACUGCCAUCAUGCAGCCGACUGCGUCCGCCUCGACUUCCUCGCGCAUUCCAACUGGUGCCGCACCACCACCUCUACCGCAGCUUUCCACGUCCGCGAUGACUUCUCCCGCCCACGCAGCGCCGGUGCCGCCAUCAAAGGAUGCAGCGCUCGCACAGAGCGAUGUUCAAUCUUCGCCUCCUCAAGCUCCUUUAGCAGUUUCCUCCUCUGUUGCAGCAGCAACUCAGCCAGGUACAUCUCCACCAGCCGUUGGAAACGACCAGAUCAUCAUCAACCUCGGCAUGGAGUUCUACCACGGCGCCCAACCAAUCACCCAUCACGUUGCCACUGUGCGCGACUACGUGAAGAACCAUCGAAUCGUGUGGAACACAACACGUACUCGCAAGGUCUUUGCGGCGAAUGAUCCUUCCGACUUGUAUCCCAACACGGAGUUCAACACCUUCGGUCGACUCCGGGCCACCUCAGUCCUUAUGCCUUUCUACCGUGAUCUCAGAAUCUUGGACCGGGAAGGGUGGCCGGCUAUGUGUGCAGAAUGGAUGGCUGAUGGAGCGCGGCACAGAUAUGAAGCUUCGUUGAGCGGCGCGAGGUAUCAAGUGGUUCCAAUCGUGCGGCCACCACCGGCCAAUUACGAUUACAAUGUCGACCUGCUCCCGUCGAUGUUCCCAGGCAUGGCACCUGCAACGAUCUUCAGGCCGCUGACCAAAGAUAAUCGACCGCGACGCAACAAAGCAGCUACCAAAGCUGAACCACGUACGAAGAAGAAGCAACGUCGUGGGAGCAAUGAUAGUCAGUUGACAGAGGUCUCCGAUGACGAGAUCAAGAAGCUGGGGGAAGAGAUUGCUCGGAUGGGGCAAGGUUCCAGCCAUCAAUCCAUGCCAACAGUUGCACCGCGGGAUCCACGUCUUGUGCCAAUUGACAUCGAUCGCACGAACACAGCACCAGUUCUCGACUUUUGGUCGCAAUUUCCCCUCACAACAGACAACAUGGGUCCAAGAAACCAAAUCCCUCAGUUCAGGUCAGGUCGUAAAUACGACCCCAUUACUGACCAGUGGUACUUUCGCGGCAGUUUCUAUGCUCUUCGAGAGGGAUCUCCAGGGAACGUCGUGCGGGAGCUUGUUCAGCCUCACACUCACGCCAACCCCGACCCGCCUGCUCCGGUAGGGCCACAGCGGACUGUCCCUCUUCUGCUGAAUGCAAGCACUACUACAGGAAUGGAAGGUGAUCCUAUCGUUCUCGACUCUCCCUCGGACAGUGAUCCAGACAAUGCUUUGGGCAGCGGCGACGAUGGUGAUGGCGAUUGGCACCCUGAUGAUUUGGGCGAAGCUAUGGAUGAGUCGUGA